AUGUCCUUUGUGUAUAACGAUGUAUAUUUAGCAGACGAGAACGAGACUCUCUUGUCCAAAUGGACGUGUAUAGCGUGUGUAUCCGGCAGAGGCAAGGACGACGACGACAGCAGCGAUCCCGUGUAUCUGCCGCCGCUGCAAAAGCCGCUCAAGAUAUGCAUUACGUUUGACUUUGGGGUCGCGGCACCGCUCCUCGAGCAACUGCUCCUAGAGCGCAUACGCGCGGGGCUCACGCAAUGCGGUGUGUUCUGGAGCGAUAUGGGGUACGACGUUCAGAUCCGGACCGCGAGCCACGGCAUCGAUAUUAGGCUCGAGUGCCGCGUGUUCGGCGUCAUGAAAGUGCGUGCGCUGCUCGAACAGCCGCUCGCACACGCGAGUCACGCGGCGCAUCACGUGAGCGUCGCCUCCGUCGACGCGCUGCAUAUUGCGUGCCUCUUUGCCGGAGUAGACUCCGCGGGUUCCAGCGCUGUGCUCAGGCAUUGCAACGAGUACCUAGUAUCGCUAUUCUUGUCGCAACUUGAGUUCCAAUUCCCGCUCGUAUUCUCCAAAUGGUCAAGGUCCCGGUUCUCGCAACAACAACGAUCGUUGGGCCCAGUCUCCUACGCGCUGACGGGCAGCACGGAAUUGAUCCCACAACUCAUAAAGAUCAUAAGCCGUGACACUACUGCUACCGCGUGUUACCAGGUGACACGGCUUGCGUCGCACGCGAACCUGCGCGAGCGCUUACAGAAAUCCAAAAAACGUAUGGAACCGUAUCAAAUCGUCGGAUACGCGCGAUGA